GCCUAACUGGUUAGUAGUUCUACCGAAACGCGACAGAGUGCGCCUAGACUCAGACAAAAUUUAAUACCUUCAUCUGGGUUUUACUGGAGCCAUUUAUCUAUUAAAGUUAUGUAUUAACUAAGGCAAAGCCACGUAAACCUUUCCUUGCUUGCUUGGAACCUACAGCGUGUUACGGUGAUAUUGCUGGCAUGGACUACAUUGGCACUAUGGAGAAGGUUUUGACGGCCUUGAGGCAAUUAACGUCUUUGAUAACUCCACUGUGCAGUGAAAAUGGGGACUCCUUUAUCCACAUGGUGAACAGGUUUGUACAAAACGCCACUUCCGCAUUAGAGCAAAUGGAACAAUACACGAAGAAGCAAUUGAACUUAAUGCUUGGUUGCAUUUUAUCCACCGCAUGGCUGGUUGUACAAAACAUGUCAUCAAACGCGGCUUUUGACGCAAUUAAACGGGUCACUCGGGAAGUCCGAAGUAUGUUCGACGGCCGGAUGCCUGAAUAUAUGGUGCGUGAUUAUGAUGAGCUUGAACGCCUUUUAGCAGCCGCGUCAAAGAAAUUGACAGGCAUCCAGUCUACAUGUAAUUUACUGUUGGGGGAGGUGAUAAACGCUUGCGAUUGUCAAUGGAGAAACCCUAUGAACUUUCGUCGCUUAGAGGCCUGCCGUCUCAGGGCUUCAGCUGAUAUCAGAGACUGCGAGCAAAGUUUGAACAGCGCGCACGAGAUCAUAGAGUUGUUACAAAGAAAAACCUCAGAACAGUUGGUCGAACUUGGCCGGGAUUUGGCUUUUUUUGCAGCCUUCUCAAUAGGUCUUGGUUUUAGUGCUGCCAGAGCCCUCCAGGCGGGAGCCAGGCUGACAGGGGGCAUCUUGAGCUGCGCUGGUGUGGGUGGUGCACUAGCUUGUGUCGCGAUCGGAAAGAAAUUCAGCGACCACUUUGUUGUUUGGGAAGAAGUCAGGAACAAGCGCAGCCAGUACCGUCAAUUAAGCACUCGCCUGGAGUGCCUCAAGGAAACGGUUGAGAGGGAUCUGAAGGCAGGAAUCCUACUCACUAGUAUGCCUGACUUGGAGAAAGCGAUAAUCUUGUCGCUGGCAUUUUUGGUCGCCUUUGGAGGCAUACUGUUCGCCUAUAUUCUUGUUAAAUGAACUGUACAAUGAAACGACAGCAUGUUGUAAGUAGGGUAUGGAACUAUAGGAAGACUUAGCCUUGCAUACGGUGGCUGCGCCCGCAGUACGAACGGCAGUGAAAAACCGAGCUGUCUUACUCAAACGACUCGAUAAUAGUCUUUUUCUUCGCAGCUAACAAAAAAAUAAUAACAAAUAAUAACACAACUAUUUAUCCCACCCGGCGACACUCAACGCGCGCCGAGCGCCGAGGGACGAGUGCCAAACGUUGAGCGAGUUGCCGGACGCGGGCGACCCGGUUUUGGCGACAAAUUAAAAAAGCUUCGAGACACAAAAUGUUUCAUAUUUUUCACCUUUCACAAUCUGAUAUGGUUUUUGCAAUUAUAAAUCCAUUUUCGUGAAUACUCAUUCAAUGUGGUCUUCAGUGAAAAAAGUUGCCCGACGUCAAUGCCUUUCCUGUUAACAUACAUUAACAUCAGGACAGUACAGUAUUGCCCGUCUGCUGAAUCCUGAUUGGUCAAUUCAAAGUUCAGGCCCACCAGCCGUAUGCAAGGAGAAUUCAGAGUUAAAUAUCAAAUAACUACGGUAUUGUCACGUCAGUUUCGGGCUAUCGCUCUUUCAGCAUCAGCUGCCAGUAAUCAUUUGGCGGAUUGGCCAACACACUUUUAUAUAAAUGUCGUAUUUAUCUUGAGAUUUUACCCUGCUUUGCAUGUGUGUUAAGCUUUUAAGUGGGUUGAUACUAUGAAAAUAAAUUGAAUUCGGGGUGCAUGGGAGAGACUUCCAUUCUAAAGGAGCAGGAAUGCUUCAAGAUUUCUUGCCUGAUCGAUUCAUUAUAUAUCAUCGUUUAACACAUGGCAGUAUUUCGCCGCCAGGAUAAGAUGUUUUACGUGAAAUGAGAUCCAUUUUUUUGGCAGUAUUAGUUUAAGUUUUAGGAACACUUCCAGCCGUAGAAAGCAGUUAAUUAGUCAGACGUUUUUGAAUGCAGUUGAUAUAAGAAUUGUAUGCAAUUUUCUCUUGUUGUUUGACAUUAAAUAUAACAUUAUGAA